AUGGCGUCCUUUACGCGCUCCGAGUCGGCGGCCGAGCCCGCAUCCACACCCACGCUCUCGAACAAGACCCUGUCCAUCAAUGGCGCCGCGCUGCAGCCGCAGAAGGCGGGCCAGCUACUCACGCGAUCUCCGCGCAUCGACAUCGAGCCGCUGUACACAGCCCUGAAGGCACAGAUCGGGGAGCAUUGGGGAGCUUACAAGGAAGCUGUCAGCCUGUUCGUGCUAGGCCGCCUGAACCAGGCCGAGCUCGCGCGCCGCAUAGACUGGUUCGUGAGCAACGACCCCACGCGCGAACACCUCCACAACCAGCUACUAUCCGCCAUAUAUGCGAACACGUUGCGCGACAGCCCUGAGCCUGGUGUUGCGAGCUGGGUCUCCGCCAAUGAUAAGCCCAGCGCGACAAGCAAGCCGAGCAGCGGAGAUGCGGCGGAGCUACGGCUCAAGACCGAGGUCAAGGAGCUGCAGGGCCGCGAGCGGAAGAGGUUGAAAGCUAUACCAGACGAUACCUUUGACUAUUUCACUCGCGAGAUGCAGGAGUAUCAUAUGGCGAAGCAGAUUUCGUUGCCGGAUACAGGUCCUGCUUCUGCCGGUGGUUUUAAUAAGACGAAUUGGGACCUUGAAAUCCGGAAACGCUACGCUCAACCCCUCUGCACAGAAACCUUUGAAUUUCCCGACACAGCUGCGAUUGAAGCUCGCAUGACACCAAUAUGUUAUGAGGAAGGCAUCGCAUCAGGCGCGAGUGCCGAUUGCGCAACAUUUAUGAAUGUUGCAACAGAAACCUUUAUAAAGGAAGUGUUAACUAACAUUAUGGGCCGGGUCCGAAGCAACGGAGACGACUACAUCAAGACAGCAGCAUACAAACGACAAUACGAGCGCGAGGAGGAAGGUUGGCUACACGGUCAGGUGCAACGCAAUGCAGCAGGCCUAUUACCAUGCGAGGUUGAAGAAGCAAAGAGCCGGAAACCACUGGACCUGCACGACCUACAGCUCGCUCUGGAGCUGGGCGACAGCUAUCUUGGCCAGGUGCCACUGAUUACGGCCAACAUCAUGAACGCAACGGAUGAAUACGACGAGCUCGAGGACUACGACAUGGCCGGCACCGACAACCACUUCAUCGGCGGGCGCGUAGGCGGCAACUACGCUGUCAACGGCGUCAACGGCGUGCAUGGGGCCGGCCACGAGGACGAGAUGAUGAUAGAUGAAAACGACUGGGGCUGGCAGGGCGCGACGGCCAAGGAUCGGGAUGCCGUCAACUCGGUCUUGGACGACAUUUUGGCCACCGGGCAAUAA